UGUCAAGCCAAUUAACGCCUAAUUGUUCAAAGUCCUUUCGGGUGGACCGGAUGUGGCGACAUUGACCGCGAGCUGAAAGUGGACGGGACGGUACUUUGAAGGCCUGUGCGCUUAUCGCUUCUCUUAUCGGAAGACACUCGUCUUGUCUCUGGCUGCAGAGACGCGCUCAACGCGCUUGGGUAGCACUCGCAAGGCUGAAAGGAGCUGCAUAGGAUCUCAUUUGAUAUUUCUGGGAAAGCACAGCACAGAUCUUCCUCAAGCAGCAAACAUCUGAAACUGCAGAAUCUGAUCCAUCUACGCCGAGCCGCACCAGCAAAAACCCACAUCCUGCGUUGCCUCACCUCAUCUUCCCAAACCCAUCUCCUACCUUGGACGCCGAAACAACCUUACGAGCCCCGAGGCUGUCGUGGCGAUGGACGACAUAGUGACGGAUCCAAACCUGCGCUCCGUCUUGCAGAUCUCUCAGGAUGCGCGCGACCAGGCCCUUGCCCUCGUCGAUCUCAUCGCCCAGCAGCAGCAACAACAAAACGGUGCCGACGACGAUGGCGCAGCACAUGCCGCGCUGGCCAAGCUGCAAAAGCAGCUGAUGACGAACUUGUCGCACUUGCGUGGUUUGCACCGUGCCGCCUUUAUUGCGGCCCGCGACACCAAGGCGAUGACAGCCGAGAAGCGGCAGGAGGUUGACACGCUGCACCUGCAGCUGCAGAACUUAUACUACGAGCAGAGGCAUCUCGAGGGGGAGAUUGCGGCUUGCGAGGGCUACGAUCACAAGUAUCGCGAGCUCCCCCUCAUACCAGUUGAGGAGUUUUUAGCAUUGAAACCAGAACUGGCAGACCGUGACGAGAACGAACUCAUGGUCGCGAGGAUAGAACAUGAACGUUCAGAGCGACAGGAGAUGGAGAACCAGAGACAGGACAUGCUCAAGCGCAAGGCCACGCUCAUCGCAGAGAACAAGAAAAGCAAGGAGAAACUGGCCAACCUAGACCAAGAACUGGAGAAGUUCAUUGAUGCUGCUAAACCUAUCGAGAAGAUCUUUGAGAAUGUCAAUUGAUCUAUCGAAGGUGCGCAUCUUACUGAUUUCACUCUUUAAGCUGGCACUCACGCACUUCGAUUUUUCUACGGUGUGCGCCAGCGAGCGAGUGUGACACCUCGUUGUAUGUAAGAGCUUACGAGACCAGUGAUACCCCGAAAAACGUGAUUCCACCGAGGCUGUCCCGGCUGGAUUCAAUAGCGGAUCAGGCUAGGACAAGGCCGAAAUCCAUCACAAGGCCGCUCUGCAGCUACGGAGCCGUGAAAAUUUCGACGGCCCCGUACGCGAUCGAAACACAUCCAACUACCUAUAAGCAAGACGUUGUGGUUGGCUUUAACCAACGUGAAAAUGGUGGCGAGCGGUGGCUGGGCGAUAUAUCACGCAUUGGGACCAACCAACCAGUCAAUGACGUUCAUGCACGCCCUCUUCCCGGCCUUGUGGGCUUGUGGAAAUACUAUGGAGAUGAUGGUUCCCUUAUCGGUUAGUGCUCUCACCGCCGGCAUAGGUCCUUCUUUGUUAAGGUCGCAGUAGUACCGGGGCCAUGCGGAUGUACGGGCGGUCAAUGACAUGCGCAUCGUAGCAACAAUUGCCGGAGAUAGUCGAGUCGUUCUACCGUAGUUUACAGAACGGGUUCUUAUGA